GACACCGAGUAAGCGGCGCUGCCAUGUCGCGCAGCAGUUCAAUAUCUAUCAUCGAGGCGAUGCAGAAAUUGCGGGACGCGGCCAAAGCAAUUGAGCUACGUGAAGGUGUUAAACCUCACGAAGAACGCCGUGUUAAAGAAGCCUUGAUAUUGUUAGCGAACGAUACUGCGCCUCAAGCCCUGGGCGCAAGAGCACAGUCAACUUAUUUGGACUUUUUGAAGAAGGUUCAAAAAGUUGCGAGCCUGAGCAUGGUUGUCCUUUGCGUUAUUGGGCUGGGAAAAUCAAGGAUCGGAUUUCUCAGAGAGAAGGUUCGCCUGGACCUACCUUACGAGAUACUUGAAAGUAUAGCCUCGUUGGACAGUGAGUGCCUUCGGAGACUUGUGAAAGAACUUCAUGAGAAAUGUAGGAUUGCAUUUGACACCUUUAGAAGAUGAUUCGGCUAAAUUGCGCAUAGAUGAUCACUCUUCUCUUCAGAAACAUCAAGAAAUCCAAGGCCGUGCAGACGAAGAUCAGCUGCCUCAGAGUCAAGUAAAUGUCGAGACACCAGGUUUCACUUCGACUGUGAAAGAUUUUGCAACAGUUGCAACGACAGAUGAUCAAUCAACGGACUCUGUCACUCUGGACCUGACGUUGCUGCAUUUGAUCCAAUUUUUCCAAAAUCACAUUCCCAGUGAUGUGAAAUUGCGGAUGAUAUGCCCUUUAUAUGGAAUACCAUUGCCCACCAUUCAAAUCAGAUCCCAAGCUCCCACAGCGCUGGAUGUCAAAGUCGAAUUCGGUCUCAGAUCCAGUGAGGCUUUGAUUCGCCAUGUUCUAAUGACGAGAGAACCACCUCACUGAGGGACGACCAAAUAACCUACACGUCUCAUCCUUCCGCAGGACAAUGAGAACGACUUUUGCUUCUUGUGAGGGCCCGGUCACGACAUUCGUCACCGGGUCACUGUACACUCUGACUGCCCCCGCGGCGCUGUUCUUUUGGAUGAGGACUGCACAGACCGAUGUAUCCGGGCUCUGGAAAUUUUCACCUGCUUUCCAACUCUCGUCCAAAACAACCUCCUCAUUUGCAGAUAUUGACGCCAGGCGCUUGACUACUUGAACGAGCUUAUGGUCAUCAUCUUUUAUGUUGUCGACAUCUUCCACCCGUUCCUGCAUGACAAUGGAAUGGCCUCUCAGCUAGAAUGUGAUGAGGUCCUGUAGUCGGGUACGGAGAGCUCUGCCCGUGUCGCUGUGGCGACGCGACCGACUCGUGCGUUCGCAAUCGGCAAAUCCGAACACGUUUCUUUGAUUGGAAAAUGUAGACUGCAAGCAGAUUUAACACAUUACUCAUGUUCCAAAUGAC